CAGUUUAAUACUUAGCUUGGUUUCCAGGUGGCUUAAAGUCUGUCCACCUUCUCUGAUAUGGAUAUGUCAUUACUUACUAGUAUAUAAGUUUUUCUCCUGUUGGUAUUGUUUGGCUGAAAACAUCCACUGGUACUUUUUCACUUACUAUCACUAUGUAGUAGUAGGAAUUUCUGCUGUAGUGAUAUUUGACGAGAAGACUGGAUAAUGGGUGCCCUGGGGACCCAGGUAAGGGUCAUUGUGGAGAAACCGACCUCGCCACUGGGCUUUGGAGAAGACUGAUUGCCAGCCUCCUGCCAUGAGACUAUGGCCCCUGGGAUGUAUUGCCCUUUAAAGACAUUAUUUGGGCUUAUUGGAUUUUGAAACGCUUUUUCUGCCCAUUUGAAUACAUGAGAAGGUGUGCCCCUCCCCUGUUUCCUGUCUAUUGUUCUCCAGGGACACUGCCAGACCAGUUGGAACUUGCUAUGGUUUAACCCCAUGGCGAUUGGACUGUGUUUGUGGGAUCUGAGCGCUGUUCGGAUAUAGUGAGCGCUCAGAUCCAAGCUAUCUGGGGAUAGGUUGAAUGUGGGGUUCUGUUAAGUAUAAUAGGAAUUAUGUAUUUUUAUAUUUUUUUACUGUUGUUGUGAAUAGAGCUAUUUUCUGUAUGCUGGAGGCAAUCGGCUUACCAACCCAUGCUUGCAGGCGGUCACAAAGGGAUUUCCAACUAACUUUUGACCCACUGGGCCAAUUUGUAUGUUUUUGACGUAUGUUUGUAUUUGGAGUAUGCUGAUUCUGAUUUUAUGUGAAUGUGAUGUAUACUUGUAGAGUUAUGAAUAUUGUGCAAAACUGUGAAUUUUCCUGCCUGUGAUAAUUACAUUAGACCAUUGUGUUCUGUAAUUAUAUCACAGGCAGAGGGGAGGAUUUUGUGUGGGAGUGUCUGAGUGUAUUGUACGUAUUGAUUGGUUGUUCUGCAAAACCCUGUGGGCAGUACUAUGUUUGUAGAAUGUCAAUAAAAGAGGCUGUAUGUGCCAGUACAGUCAGUUCUACUUCACCCUCAAUCUGAGUCCUGUCUCUUAUUGGGAGAUCUGCUACAAGGGAGUGCUAUGCUCUGAAUAUUCCCUUGCUAUAAUAAUUGAGCUCUUGUAAGAGCUUGUUCCUGUCUUGCUCUCUGAAGGAGUCUACAGUGGUUAUGGUGUCGGCUGGAGUGCUUGGAGCCCUCAGGAAGCGCUAGGAGCAUCCUUCAACGGAGGUACCCAGUGGGGGUGCCAGGUGAUCCGUUACAGUCAUAUUGUUUGAAAACAGAUUCACUCUUUUUUCGGGGGACUGUGCCAUUAGACUCCUGUCACCAUAACAACUAUAUGCCUACAUUUUCUCCUGCAUUUUGGAAAUCAAAAUUACAUCAUGAAUAUGGCACUCGUGACAAGUGGGUAAAUGGUUAAUAUUCAAGUGGAUUAUUGAUAGAAAUAAAUUAUAAUUAUUUUUACACUUAUUGACACAUUCUCAGAUCUCAUUCUAUUGGCAACUUGAUUUCAGUGAUAGAGUAUUUGUUUUUUUUACCCAGGAUAUGCUUUGGAAGCAAACAAGUGUAAUAUAUCAGCUAUCAAACAUUUAAAGGGGCAGUGUCAUACUCAUGAGUGAGGCUGACAUCAGUGGUGUAUUUUGGAUCUGUACUGCCCUAGGCAUGACGGAACUCAGGCACCCCCUGUUCUACAUUUGCCCCACCCCUUCCUGUCAAUGCCACACUUCUUCCUGUUUAGGACUAACACACAUUUUGACUGACUGACACACACUUUCAGAUACACUGACAUACACACACACUCACAGAUUUGACACAAUCUGACAGACACACGCAAUCACUGACAGACAUGCACACACUCACUGAUAUACACACACAAUGAUGCAGAUAGACUCACUCACUAACUGACAGACACACACCCACCCACCCACUGACAGACACACACACACACACACACACUGAGAGGCAUACACAAUCAGUCAGACACAUACACACACAGACAUAUUCACUGACAGACACACUCACUUACUCACUCACAGACUCACUCACACACACACUCACAGACAUACACACAGACUCACUGACAGACAGACACACACACACACACACACACACACACUUACUCACACAUUCACUGACUGACACACACACUCACAGACACACACUGACAGAUAUACACACACAGACUCCCUGAAAGACAGACAGCCAGCCACACACACACACACACACACAUUUCCCCCCCCCAACACUUUUUUUUUUAAUUUUAAUUUAAAUCCACCCAGCCUUCCAGCUCCAGACAUCACUAUGCUAAACGCGACGGAGCUAAGCAGGGAGAGCUCACAAAUCAGCGAUCCCUCGCCACCUGCCUGGACCUCAGCUAUCCGCCUGCCCUGAGGCUAACAAAGCAUUGCCUCGCGGGCAAAUACAGAGCUGGCUGACAUGUUUAUUUGCUGUAUUGCAGAGCAAAUAAAAAAGAAUUACUCUGCUGUACAACCUACAUGGCACCAGCAUGUAAAUAAUGGGAUGUGGUACAAAGCCAACUAGAAGUUUUAGUACAGAGAUCACUGUCCAACUCCUGCCCCACUGCCUAUGAGUGUGGUCUAUAAUUAUAAUAAACCCAGGGGGACCUAUUGUCCCACACAGCCCCCACCCGUGGGUGCUGGGUGGGGGCUUAAAAUAAUAAACCCCAUGGUGUCUACUUCCACCCUAGAGUGGGGGCUAAUAAUAAUAAUAAUAAUAAUAGAGGAAACCUAUUGUCCCCUUAAUACCUAUGGGCGAUGGCUAAUAAUAAAUGAGGGAGACCUAAUUUCUGCCCCCACCCAUGGACAGCAGUUGGGGGCUUCAAUAUUAUUAAUGUGGUUGGGGCCUAAUAUCCCCCUAACCUACCAUUAAAUAUAGAAGGGGGGUGCCAUUUUCAGCAACCCAAAAAUGAUCUCCCCCCCCCUUGGGGUUUAUUAUAUUUAUAGGUUGAAUGUCACUAAUUUCACCCAUUUAUUAAUUGUACACACAAUGAGGGUCUCUAGGAUGCCCCCCACUUAUUUUAAUGUAAUCGCCCCACUUUCUGGGCACAAGUGGAGGCGGGUGGGUGCACAGGGAUCUGCUCACCGCACGCUCUUUAAUUUGAUGCCCCCACCCAAUGCCAGUGAGUGGGUGCAAGGGCAAAACCUGAACCAACAUACAGCUCAUCUGUCAUUCUAGGUUAAUUCAAUCUUGCUACCGGUGAGUGCCAGGGAUAGAAAGAUUUAACCCCCGCACAAAACGAAAACACAUACCAAUAUGUGUCAUUACUGCAUAUUAACUAUACUGGUGUGUCUUUAAGGGGUUAAUGUUAUAGUGAGGGUGGAGAGGAGUACAGAAAAGGCAAAGAAAGUUGGGGAAAUAGUAAAGAAAAGGCACAAAUGGCAAAACAGAAUCAAACACAACAAAGUAAGAGUAGGGGCAAAAGGACACAAAUUGGGAAAAAAAUAUAAGACGGGAAAAAAAGAGAGAGAAAGUUAAACCAGACAUAUAGGUGUGGGGAGAGCACAAAGCAACAUCAGUCAAAUCAAAGAGGAAAGGAAGGAACACAAAAUGGACAAUGACCUUACUAGGACUUGACGAGGUUUGCUGGAAAGUAGAGUGAAGAUGAAUAUCUUUGAACUAUCUCGUGGUGGAUCUCCAUCAAGGUUGGAUUUCUUCCAGAUUCUUCUGCUAACUUCCAUCUUUUAUAUGUGCUAAUGCAACAUUGUGUCCCUGUUACAGACUGAAUACCAGCUGAUUAGAGGCUACCCUUCAAUGUUCCUCUUUACUCAAGUUCCUAGAAACUGUUUUUGUGGGUCAAGUGACAUGCUCUCUACGUGGCACACAAAAUGUUUUUUUUUUUGUUGUUUUUUUUUUUUAAGAUUAUUUGUAGCACAAACUCCAUUUAGUGGUUUUCGUACAUGUGUAAGGGGGAUCAAGUAACCUAAAGAAAACUGUAAAUAAGUUACUAUUUCACAUAAGAAUCUACAUGUUACAGAGCCUCUGUGUUUAAAAUGUUGAUACAUUUCAGUAUAUUUAGUGGCUUUAUGUUAUGCGCCAUUCCUUCUAUUUGGAAAAAAAAUACAAAUAUAUAUAUAUAUAUAUUUAAAAAAAAUAGAAAUUAAAAUUAAAAUAAACCUUUGCUGUUCUUUUGGCACAAAAAGGUCAAUCAAUAGUAUCCUGUUGCAUACUUCCCAAUAUUUCACAUGGACAAAGAAGACAUUUUCAUUUUAGGGGUGUGAGUGGGGGUGUGGCCUGGGCCGGGGCUACUCUGAGGAAUUUUAGGUGACUUACUAUUAACAAUUUAUGCAACUAAAAUGUAAUUUAGAACAAGAACAAUGUGUCUUAUUUACAGAGGCUGAUUUUCCAAACACGUAAUUUAAAGACACAUUACUGGGAGUAUUAUUACUGUGGAGCUCUGUAAUACAGUUAGACACACCAAUACAGCUCAUAUAUGUAGCCACUUCCCAGAGGAGACAAGAACAUUUGUGCAUUGGUUUAUUUUGGUUGCCCUAGGCAUGACAAAAGGCGGCACCCCCAAUCUGAAUUUUCCCCACCACUUCCUGUCAAGGCCGGAACUCUUCAUGUUUAAGACCAACACGCGUUUUGACAGACACAAGCCCUCACCAAUGCUUACACUGACAUAUACAGUCAUUGGCACACACACUGUUUAACCAGCAUACACUGAGAGACACAAACUCACUGAAAGACACACACACAUUCACUGACAAACACAUAGACACACACACACACACACACACACAGUAACUGACAGACAGACAUACACACACUGACAGGCACACACACACAUUGACUGACCAACACACACUCACUGACAGGCACACACAUACACAUUCACUUAUAGAUGCACAUACACACAUUCACUAAUAGCCACACAUACACACUCGCUGACAGACACACAUUCACUAAUAGAUGCAUAUACACAGUCUCUGGAAGACACACAUGCUGACAGGCACACACAUAUUCACUGACAGACAUACACUCGCUGACAGACAUACACAUACUGACAGACACACAUCCACACACACUGACAGACAUACAUAUUUAGUGACAGAUACACAUACACAUUCACUGAAAGACGCACACACACUCACUGACAGACACACACACUGAUACAGACACACUAAUAUUUUCUUUUAUUUUAAUUUCAAUCCAUCCAGUCUCCCUACUUUUGGGAGUCCUGGAGUGGAAUUUCUCUUUCCAUGGGAUCCAGUGGGGAUCCAUUCACUGCUGGCUGGCCGGACGAACGGGUGAGCGGUCAAUGGAGGUGGCGAGGGAGCUGUAAUCUUCCUACUCUGCUCCUUUGUGCGUCGCUUAGUGAUGACGUGAAGUCAUAUUCCGGCUCCUGGCAUCACUGCAGGAUGCAGAGCAGAAAGAGCUCAGAGAUUAGUGCUCCCGUGCCGCCUGCCUGAGGGGGGCUCUAUGGCGGCCAGCUGGCCAGCUCUUGGGUCCCCCAGGAUACAAGGCUAACACGGGAUCUGCUAUGGCGCUUGGAGGCGGUGGUUUUUGACUCCCCCCAGAAAGAGCCGCCUAAGGCAAAUGCCUUGUUAGCCUCGUGGAAGAGACAGCCCUGCACGCGUGUCUAAUGCCACUCAGUUAUACAGUAUUGGAGACCCUGUGCACCAUAAUAUAAAUAAUAGGCUGUUAAAUUACAUUUUAAAGGAACACAAAUAUGUAUUCCUAAAACUAUAGUGCUGGAGUACAGCAUUGGGUCCCCCGUCCCCCUCAGAUUGGAGAUAAAAUGUAGUUUACUUACCUUUUCUCCAUCACCACGCUAGUGUCACUGCGGCUGGCCCCGCCUCCAUGGCCGAGGUCAUCAAUCCAGUGCUUUCCCAUACGAAAAUGCCACGUUGCUCCAAUCAGCAUCUCCUGACAUAGAAAGCACCUCAAAUAUACUCCAACAUCUUUGGAAAAUAAUAUUGCUUAGUAAAUAAGUGACUGCCACUAGAGAUGUUACUAGGCAGCAAUGUAAACACUAGCUUUUCUCUAUAAUGCAGUGUCUUCCUUGCCCAGCCUGCAAGGACAGGCUUUAGACACCAGAACAAAUCCAUUUGGCUGUAGUGGUUUUGAUUACUAUAGUGUCCCUUUAAGAAGCAAUGGACCAAAUAAAAAUAAAAAUAGUGUGUUUUUAAAAAUAGCAUUGUUAUUCAUCUCCAUGUUUUAACUAUUCUGUGACUUUUAUGUUCCUGAUCACAGACUAAAGUUCAAACGCUAGUUGUAGUGAAGUAAUUAUCUUUUAACAGGCAUGUCGUUGAUAGAAAGAGCGCACAAUAAAUGCAGUCCCUUAUUUACUAAGCAGUAUAAUUCUCGAAAGAAAUUAGAGUAUCUGAGCUUCAGAUUAAAGCACCUGGAUUACCAACAGUAAGGGGCGCAAGCCAUGCCGUCUCUUUCACAUACUAUUAUGCUUUGCUCUUCAAGUGGGCAUUAUUUACAGGUCGCUUGGAUUGGUUUUUGAAGUGGUUCUGUGCUGGUCAAUAAAAGGGCUCAGGUGGGAAUUCUAAUUUACUGUUUAUACUGGGUUCGUACUGGGUUGAUUAAGUGAUUUGCUUUUGGCUAGAAAGAGUGAACUGGAGACAAUCAGGAUUACUAAAUCAGUGCAGAGUGCUCGUGACAAUGCUGUCACUUGGUCAAAAAUGCACAGAUGUAUUUGUUCCCAGCUGUUUCCAGUAAAAGAAUGUGGAAAAUGAAGUUUAAUACUAAAUAGUGUUUAGCGUUCUUAAAAUAUUAUGCAUUUCGUUAUGUUAAAAAUGUUCUCAAUGGUCCUCAAAUGUUUAAUUUCCAUCACAUAGAUGGAGUUCCAACUUUUCAAGGUUGGACAACUUCAGUUCUGUAUUCAGGUGUCACAGGGCCCUCUGUAAAUGUCAGGAGUGGGUUAGACAUGUGCACCAGUGAAAUCUUCGUUUUGUAUGAAUGAUUUCCUUCUAAAUAAAAAUGUAGUUAGUCAAUCCCAAAUUUCAUCCGCAAACCAUUCUUUUUCAAACGGAAUUCAUUAAAAAAUAAUUAGUUUUCGUCCAUUAUGACGAAAACAGCCCUGCGCAAGGAGGGAGUCAAUGGAGCUACCAUCCGCUCUACCUCUAAGUCUCGCUACCUAAGUGUUCUCUUUGACUUCGACCUCUCCUUCACCCCUCAUGUCCGAUCACUCACCAAAUCCCACCGCUCCCAUCUCAAAAACAUUUAACACCUGAUACAGCAAAGGUGCUUGUCCAUGUUACUCUCCUCUCUCGCCUUGACUACUGUAAUUCGCUUCUCAGUGGUUUACGUGUUUUCAACUUACCCUGUUACAGUCUAUAAUGAAUGCGGCGGCGAGGCUCAUCUUCCUGUCCACCCACGCCUCCCCCCUUUGUCAGCCCCUCCAUUGGCUUCCCGUAAGAUAUCGGCUCAAUUUAAUAUCCUGACACUUGCUUACAAAUCUCUGCACCUACUUAUCCUCACUAAUACACAAAUAUAUCCCGUCUAGGCCCCUACGCUCUGCCGGAGACCUACGUCUAACCUCUGUUUGUACUCCUACCUCUGAUGCUCACCUUAAAAACAUCUCUAGGGCUGCACCGUUCCUAUGGAACGCCCUUCCCUCUCUGUUAGACUCCCACCCAGUCUCCACUCCUUCAAAAAAUAUUUGAAAACAUACUUCCUUAGGAAAGCAUAUCAAUUAAACUGGGAACAGCUUUCCCUCCACGCACCCUGAUUCCUCUCCUGAAACUUUUAUCAAAACACUAAGCCCUUAGCAACCUAUUUUUCUACCCUACCCUUACCUUUUGUGUCACUAUAUCCCACUCCCUCUAGCAUGUAAGUUCAUUGAGCAGGGCCCUCAGUCCCUCUGUUCCUGUGCGUCAAACUUGUCUGGUUACAAAUAGGUGUCUGUUAGUCCACCCAUUGUACAGCGCUACGGAACUUGUUGGCGCUUUAUAAAUAAUAAUAAUAUAGGCUUAAAGGGUUAUACAUUCCAGCAACAACAUUGAGACAAGCAGCCUUAUUGCAGGCACUUGUGAAAUAAAGGUGUAAUUUUUAAAAUGCAUCUUAUCUGUAUUUUUGUGAUUAACUGGUUUUAACUUUUUACUUGCACUAAAACUGUAGAACUUCCAAAAAUUUGACUAUGUUGUCUUUAGAAUUAUUCAAACUGCAUUUACUAGCCUGCGGACAAGGGGACAGAUGUUUGGUUGUUUGAUACUCAGUGAACCUUCCAAAAGUCAAUAUUAACAUAGGGAAAAUACAACAAACCGAGAAAGAUGCACAUAUCUCCCCCUAUUUGUUAGCUAGUAGUUGUGUGUACCUGAUGGAUGGUUGGGCAACAACAAGCACUUUUUCAAACGCCCUCAUUAAUUAAUAACUCCUAUCACUCUCAGCCCCAACAAUAAAUAUUGAACUGAAAAGAGUCUGGAAUUCCACAGUGCAGCUAUGAGAAUAUAAAGUGAUAACUUGUAUUAGUUUUUAUUAAUUUAUGAAUGCAUCGGACAGACAGUAGCAUAUUCACUGUUAAUGUACUUUAUUUGGUAACUUUAAUUGCCAAUAAACUUUUACUUGAAUUAUAUUUUUUGCUUUAUGAAGUUGUGGUGAAAUGAGAAAACUGAAUCUACUUAAUUUGGGGUAGAAACACUGAUAUAAUAACAUGUUAAAUACUACAUUUAAUAUUGGGAUAUUUUGGAAUAUACUUAAAAAAAAAAUCAUUAGUCUUAAAUUAUCACUUACUUUCUUUUACUUUUUUAAGAAAAAGGCAAAGUUUUGGCAAGUUGCCAAAAUAACAGAAUAUUGAACUGUAUAUUGUGCUAAUUAAUAUAUAAUGCAUUCCUUACUUAUGUGCAUCAUUUCAGUCUUUAUUUUUUUUGCCUAUCUUAUCAUUUUUGUGAUACAUGUCUUUUACAACGCUUAAUAUGCAUGUUUUGUAGUGGAAAGCUGGUCUCGCCAAAAUGGAAGAAUUUUAAAGGACUAAGGCUAAUGUGGACUGACAAGAUCCGCCUGAACAAUGCAAUUUGGAGAGCUUGGUACAUACAGUGUAAGUAAAACACAGUCACAUCACUACAGAAUAACUCCCAACUUUGCAGGAGUGAUUUACGCGAUGCAGUGUGGUUUCAAAGGGAUUUAUAAGCCCCUGAAUGCCCUGGGUAGAGGUAUUUGUAAUUUAACCUCUAUGGAAACAUACACUAUGUGCAAUGUAUACGUUAUGGCAGGGGUUACCAAUUAAUUUUUCCAGUGGAACACUUUGACAUAAUGCUCUAACAACAUGGAACCCAAAAAAAUGUUUGGCACCGUAGCGCAGAUAGUAAACAGAUAGUAGUACUUAGGAGCAAGUGUGCUCUUGUGUGUACAGUUGGUGUUUGUAUAUAAUGUUAGUGUUUUGAUACAGGGGUGUGUUUGUAUGUAAUGUUUGCAUUUGCGUGCAGGGGUGUGUUUGUAUGUAAUGUUUGUGUUUUCAGGAGUGCAUUUGCAUGUUGUGUUGGUGUUUGAUUGCUGGGAUGUAUGCAUAUAUACAUGUUUGAUUGCUGGGUGGUGUUUGAUUGCUGGGAUGUAUGCACAUAUGAUUGCUGUACAUAUGCCAUGUACAUACAUACACAAACAAAUUAACAAACAGACACACAUAUGAAAACAUUGAGACAUACACAUUAAUAUACACACUGACAUAUACCCACAGACACAAAAAUACACACCUUGACACAUGCACAGACCUUGACACACAGAUAAUCACUGGCACAUACACACACACACACACACAAACCUUGACACACAGACACACUCAGACACACAUACUCUUUGACAGGCACACAUACACACUCACUGACAUACACAUACACACACACUCACUGACACACACAUACACACACACUCACUGACAAACACACAUACAAACUCCUUAACAGACACACACACACACACACACAAUUUUUUUUUUUUUUUCAAUUUCACUCCACCCAGCCUCCCUACCUUUGGGAGUGCUGACAUGAAGUCUCUAUUUCCCUGGGGUCCAGUGGGGCUGCUGGGCUGAGCACCUGGCAUGCGGUCCCUGGGGUCCAGUGGGGCUGCUGGGCUGAGCGGGUGGCGAGGGAGCAGUGAUCUUCCUGCUCAGCUCCCUCGUGUGCCUCUUAGUGAUGCUGGGGGCGGAGUGACGUCAUAUUCCGGCUCCGGCAUCACUACAGUGCGCGCGAGGGAGCUGAGCAGGGGAGAGUGCUCCCUCGCUGCCCGUCUCAAUUAUCAGUUGCGGCCAUUUUGUUUCCCGAAAUUGAACCCUAUUUGUGUUAUCACGGAAAACCAAUUGGAAAACGCUGGGUUAGAUACACUUCCUUUCCAAUCUACAGACGGUUGUUUUUUUUGUUUUUGUUUUGGGUUUCCUUUGCUGUAAAAAACAGCUUUAAUCUCAUUUAUCUUGAAGUGUAAGUCAAAAGUGUUGUCAGUGUAGCACUCACUAUUUAAAGGAACACUAUAGUCACAAAACAACGUUGGCUUAACCUGACUUGCUUAUAUUUUAAAGCAUCACACCAAUUUGUGGCAUCUUUAUAAUGCAUUUAAAGAGGGGUAAAUCCAGCAUUUAGAGUAAUUGUAAACAAUUGACACACAGACCUAAAUUUUUGUCAACUUCCAAUUUAACAUUCAAGAUUAUAUGCAAAAAAUACUUCAAACCCUAGAUUCAUUAGUUACUUCAAACAAGACUUACCUGUAUCUUUUUUUAUGUUAGCCGGUCACAUUCAUUUUGGGGUUAUAAUCCUUUCCAGUGGUGUCCUCUAAAACGGUGGUACAGGGUAAAUUAAAUCAACAAUAAUAGCAUAUUCCCUUUAAAGGGACACUUCUCCCUGACCAGAUAGCAUAAUCCCUUUAAAGGGACACUUCUCCCUGGGGACCAACAGUUUGAGCAAUUUUUUAGAUACUUCAUUAAAAUAUGCUAUUAAUACAUACAUACAUUUAAAAAUAAGAACCCUAAAAGAAAUGUAAAAUGUGGUGAAGUGUUUUUAUUCACGCCUCUUUUUUCCCCCCCAAAAGUGCCAUGCAUACAUAAAACGCUAAUGUCCUUAAAGUGCAUUUUGUGCAAUAAUUGAUUCCUAAUAAUUUCUCUGUACACAUGCUCCUUAACCCCUUAAGGAUACAUUACAUGUGUGACAUGUCAUGAUUCCCUUUUAUUCCAGAAGUUUGGUCCUUAAGGGGUUAAGUACACUGAGCUUCACAGAGUUAUCACUAGAAAAGGAAAACCAUUUCCUCUUUACAAUAAAUUAUAAUAUUUAUCCAAUCUUCCGUUUUUCUUUACAGGGUUCAAAAUACUUCAAAGGAUUGCAUAAAAAAAACAACAACAAUAAUUGUGAGGCUAACCUAUGUGUUUGAAUAUCUGCUUAUUUUAUAUUUUUUCUUUUUAUUGAUAACACUCUAAAGUUCUUUGGACACCCAAGAAUGUGUCCAAUAUUGCUAAAUUAGGAAUAAAAAGAUGCUCACCUUUAAAUUCCAGCAGGGUAAUAUGGGAAAUGUAAUUCACCAUUGAGUGCAGGUUUAUGCAUGGAAAUAUUUAAAUGAAACUGUUGCUUCUAUUGGUUUGCCUAUGCAAGUUUUUUUGUUUUUUUGUUUUUUAAUUUAUAUGUUUGUAUUUUUUUUUUUUAACCCGGAAAUAUAGCUGUAGACAUGGGUACACAUGUGUGACUACGGCUCAGGCUCUUUCAUAGAUGUGAAAUAGGUUCAAAAUUUAAUGACUUAUGCCCACCAUGUGCAAAAUUAAAAUAGAAAAUUGGUUUUAGUAUUGCACUGGUGUUUGAUAAACACAUCAGUUAUAAGCAAAUUUGUUCAUGGAGAAAGUGUGCAGUGACCUUUUCACAGUACAACAUGUACACGAAGCACAGGUUGUUAUGGUGCCUAAGUUUAGCUAAAACCAGCAGAGAAGCUAACUGAAAUUAAAUGAAGGCAAGACAGAAAUAUUGAAUGUCACAAUCCAGAACAGGGAAGCGAAUGCACUGAAAGUUUAAUUCCGGUUUAAAUGGUGUAGGGAGGGAAUUAAAUAUGGAAGUAUCCGACUUCACCCAGAAAUGUCUCUUCUGUACAGUUUAAACUUUGCCCCUCUCCUUCAAAUCAUACAGUCUGACUUUCACUCAUAGCUCUCGAAAUACAUUUCCUUAUUUGGGUGAAUGUUCGCGGUAAAAAUGAACAUGCUCUCCAGAAUCUUGUAUCUCCUUCACACUAUAUCAAUAACGGUACCCCAUGUCUUUUUCUUCUCCAUAACCUACUCAAUACGUCCGUUCGAAUGACAGGACAAAGCUCUGCGUCUUCUCUUCUAACACUUUUUUGUUUACCAAAACACCAGUGGGAAGGGGGACUCCUCUCCAUCAACAAAUACUUUGAGGCAGUCCACCUUUCAAGGCUAGUAGACUGUCAUGCCCAGCCCUCUUCUGGGAAUGGUUUAACCCUAAAGUCUUUGUUCCAGCGCUGAAUCUCUUUCUCCUUCCUUUUUCUAAAAAUCUCUAAACAGAAAGGCUCUUGCAGGAUUGGACAGCGCCGCCGCUGAUUAGCUGAGAGUGGUCAGCAGAUGCUCUCAGCCAAUCCGUGAUUCCCCAUUCAUAAAACUAGUUUGAAAAAGGUUUGCUGUCUCCUCUCUUGAUCCCUCUGAUACCACCCCUACUCACUGCUCUCAUCUCUGAAAACAAAAAUCUAACACCAAAAAGAGCACACCCCACUACUAAUGUAGGAUACAUAAAUUGAAAACAAUGAUCAAAGACUCCACCAGACCAGUAAGCACAAACAAAAAGGUAUAUACAUGGAAUGCCAUUGUUUUUAUCUAGCAUUCCGAUUUACCAUUACUAUCAAACUAUGGUGAACUGUCAGAGAACAUUUUUCUGUCUCAUCAGAUUAUUUUCCUUUAAUAGUGUGACAAUGUCGUUACCCCCUGUUUGUCUAUUUUUAUAUCUUAUAUAUAUUGUAAAAAAAACAAAACAGCAGAGAUGAUUAGAUUUCAACCAUAUAUAUUGUUUUUGCUAUGUGUCAGGCGGUUUGUUGAUCAAUUGUUAUUUUUUUUGUUUCCCAAAAAUGUGUAAUGAGAUAUAUAGUGCUUUUAAUAGUCUGUACGUGAUAGAUGCAUUAAGGGAGAUUAUAAAACUACAUCUCCCCUUAAUGUCCUAUCCCUUUGUUAAUCAGGAUGAAGUUCUCCAACCAACAUUUUUCUUGAUAAUAACAUGGAAUUCGGGGCAUUGGAAGGAAAUAACCACAACGUAUAAUGUAAAUCUCACAUUUAUUGUGUUCCCUUCAGACGUAGAGAAAAGAAGGACCCCUGUGUGUGGGUUUGUGACUCCACUUGAUGGCUCAGAAGGAGAUGAUCACCGGAAACCAGAGGCAAGCAACGUGAACAAUAAAUUCAUUACAGUUCAUUGUUUAGCGAAUACAUCUCUUAGUCAAGUAACUGGGGCCGGGUUAAAAAUGCAUAUGACUGCUAUAUGUAUAUAUUUUAAUCUCAUAAAUAUAUAUCUGACUGCCGAUCUUCAUAUUCUAGGCCGUGGUCUUAGAAGGUAACUAUUGGAAGAGACGUAUAGAAGUAGUAAUGAAGGAAUAUAACAAAUGGAGGAUUUACUACAAGAAACGCGUAAGACAUCCGAGCUUCUUUUGUUUUUAUUCUUUAUUAGCGCCUCAGGAGUGAGCAGUAAAGAUAAGAACUUUAGAGCAGGAGAGAUUUGUACAUCGUGAAAUAGAAAUCUCAGUAGGAUUCUUUAAGAAAUUCUGCUUUAAGUCAGUAUAAAAUUGGCUUGAUUAAUUUGUGCCACUAGAUGGGGCCUUAGCUCACAAGUGAUUCUUAAAAGUGUAUAUUUUAAUUGAAUUCUUUUUAUAUAAGAUAUUUCAGAAGGGAAUAGAAACUAUCAGAGUAUUUACUAAACUAGGGCUUAAAAUGUAAAGGCCCAAGUUUCUAGCCAGUCCUUAAACGUUACUCGCCACUGUAAGACUGGAGAGUCCGUGGCACACUCACCAGGGAUGAAUUUCUACAUGCCCGGGCUACAUUUUAACUUGCCAAAGGCUAGUGGCAAAUGGAACCUUUAAACUGUGCACACAACCAUGAAUCUUUGGAUAUUCAACAGGGGGAUUGCAAUUCAUAAAACAAAAUAGCCAAGUUUGGGAGAUUUUUCUAUUUGCCUGUUUUGGCUUAAAACCAUAAUUGUCUGAUGAAUUAAAUCCCCAAAAUGCGCAUGUUAUUGACACAUGCUCACUAAAAAUGUGGCUUCUAAUAACAGUAUUGGUUGCCCAAUGUAGGCCACAUCACUCCAUUUGUGAGAUUUUUAUCAAAAUGUGAAAGACAUUCACAUGUUGUGCAACAUAUUCACCUGUUCUUGUAUGUGAUUAAUUUUAGAUUGGAUUAUAACUCUUUAAAUUAACAUUUCUCAUCUUAACACAAAUCUAUUAAAGUAAGCAUUUUAUACCAAUCAGGAUUGUUUUGUUUUGCUGUUGCAAUUGAUACUAUUUACACAUAUUUUGGCUGUUUAUGUUCAGCACUAAUUCUAAAAGUGAUAUAAAAUCUCAGUUAUAUCCUCUUUUAACAGCUGCGAAAGCUUCAUCAAGAGGGAAAACCAUUUCAGGGACAAAAGGUGGGUGACAUACAAUAGUUUGUGAUAACCUACAAAAUGUUAUUGGAAGUAAAGAAUUGGUUACAAAAAUACUGUGAAAUAAACCGUUUCAAACUUUUAGUUGCCUUGUAGCUAGCAUUAGAAAUGCUGUGUCCUGUUAAACCUAGACGACACUAAUACUCCUUGUGAACGUUAACUCCAUCAGCCAUUUAUUGUCUUACAAAGGCUGGAUGGUUAUAGUAGUCAGACCUAUGGGAACAUAUGUUUUUAAUUUUAUGUACAUCCAAGAAUGUAUGUGUAUAUUCCAGCUAUGAUGUCAGUGUAGGAUAAGUUAAAUAUAAAAUCACCAUAACUUGUUUAGACUAAACAAAAUAUAUACAGAAUGCAAAAAAUUAAGCCCUGCGUUUAAAAUACUGUUUUUUUGCCUUUAACUCAAAUAAGCAAAGUGAAUUGUUAGUGUAAGAGGUUUUGCCUUGACUUGACAGGUGAGCUUAUACUUUAAUGGCCAUUGGAGUGAUACUAAAAACAUCUUAUUUAAAUGUGCAAAGGGAAUUGGGAUAGUCUGCAGGUAACUUUUUAUUUUUAUUUUUUUAAUGCAUAAAAUAUAUGCAGUUUGACUUGGUCUUUGAUUUCCUGUUGAAAUAUAAUCAGAUUGUAUGUCUUUAUUAUGACAAUAUGCAGGAGAAUACCCACAUUUCUGUAAUUAAUUAUACAGGUAAUGUAUUGCAGAAAAUAUUCUGUAAAAUGUACUUGGGAUAAGAAAAGGAAGAAGAUAUAUUCAGCUGUAAAAUUUCUAAGACUGCAGAACUUACACGUAUAAGUGCUGCAGCAGGCAGUCCCUUCCCAGACCCAAAAUAAGCUCAACCAAUCAGGAACUUCUGAUUCUGGGUUAUGGAGACAAGUUCAACAAAUAUUGGAUGCCUAAGGAGGAAGUAAAAUUCCAUCUUUGACAUCACUGAUCAAGUAGGCAGUCUUAUAGCUGCAGUGAUUUUUGCAAAUUGCCACUGUGUAUUGUGACAGGGAGACUCUAUACACCAUAUCCAAAUAAUGCACAGGUGUUAUGGUGCUUAGAAUGACCCUUUGAAACGUGCAAACGAAAUAUACAUCUCCAGACAUUUAGGCAAAACGAUACUAUUGAUUUGUACAUAUUGCUAAUUAUCCUGCUAACAAAAUGUGUAAAACAUUAUUUCUAGUAGGCCAUGGCACACAGGUUAAAAUCACUGAUAAAUUGUGAGUGACAAGUGCUCUACAGGUGACAUAGAAAUAUAAAUAUCAAAUAUUAAAGGGACACUAUAGUCACCAGAACAACUGAAGCUUAUUGCAUUUGUUCUGGUAGGUAGAAUCAUUCCCUUCAGGCUUUUUGCAGUAAACACUGUCUUUUCAAAGAAAAUGCAGUGUUUACAUUACAGCCUAGUGAUAACUCCACUGGUCACUCCUCAGGUGGCUACUAGAGGUGCUUCCUGGAGCAGUGCUGCACAGUACGCAGCACUGCCAUUCAGUGUCUCCACCCUCUGCAUGCAGACACUAAACUUUCCUAAGAGGAGAUGCUGAUUGGCCAGGGCUGUGUUGUGUUGUGUUGGCUCUGCCCCUGAUCUGCCUCCUUUACCGUCUCAGCCAAUCCUAUGGGGAAUCAUUGUUAAUGGCUCAGACCACCACUUCUGACGAUGUCAGCAGACAGAAGCAGUUCGCAGGCAAACAGGGGCAGGGCCAGGACCUGCAGACUUGAAUACAAGUAAGAUUUUACUAUAUUUAGGGUGGCAAGAGUGGGCCAGGGGGGCUAGAUGGUGGUUUUAACACUAUAGGGUCAGAAAUAAUUGUUUGUGUUUCUUACCCUAUAGUGUUCCUUUAAGGCAGUAUAUCUUUUCUGAGAACCAGUGAUUCAACAUCACCAAGACACAUCUAUUCGUUCUCUCUCUUUUCUUUCUUACUUUUUGUUCACUGUGUGUUGCUAUAGUAUUCAUAUCCUAUUGGGCAUUUUCUGCAUUUGGUAUCUUUGCAUGUAAUUUAAUAGCCUAAAAAUAUUACAGUAAAGUAUUAUUAAAAUAGUAUAGCUAUAGCUUUGAAAGCAUUCUGGAUUGCAUAACAUAUGAUUAAAUAUUGAGUGGUUCUAUUCAUUCAUUGCCAAAAACAUAUACUGGCCUAGUCCUUGAAAAUAAUUAGCCAUAUAUUGCAAUACCCUUGAAAAUAAUUAGCCAUAUAUUGCAAUAUCAAGAUUUCAUUAGCAUUCUAUUUCAGAAUAGCUUUGUCUGUCUUGUUUGCCUGUAGUACAGUGCUGUGGAAUAUAAAUAAUCGUGAAAAGCAUUGCUAUAUAAAUAAUUGUAAUUGUAGCUAUUGAAGGUACAUUUAUCCAUCUUUUGUCUUAUUUUGAGGCAGGGUGUUCCUUCUUGGAGAAGCGGUGAGGUAUGCACUGGAUGGCAUGGAUUGGACAAUGUCCAUCACAAUGAAGAUGAAAUGUUGUAUGAUCUGGAUUACUUCUUAACCGAUAUCUCUGAUACCCUGUUCACUACAACACACGGCCUUCCACCUGCGUAUACACCUCCAGACUAUGGUAAGUGAUUUUGUCCAGCUUUCUGUUGUGUGUCCAAGUUUCAUGUUGAUCAUAAUGUAUACAAAAACAAACAGAAUACAUCUGAUACUCAAAGGAUGGAUUCCAGUGAGUUUCAAAAUUCUUGUCAAAAUAGCCAAGCAUAACAGAAAAGAAUGGGAUAAUUUUUCUAAUUCAAUUAUUUUGUCCUGAAUGUUACAAUGUGUUGUGUGUUUGGAAUGCCAGUGUGUAGUGAAUGGUGUUGAUAAAGACAUGCAGUGCCCAAUGGUAGUGCAUGUUGUGCGUGCAGACAUGUAGUGUUAAUUAUAACAUGUAGUGUGUGAUCUAAUUGCACAGUGGAUACAGUCAGUCUUAAUCACUGCUCCACCCUUAUCUAUAUUUUUAUUUUUGAUUCUACAUUGUGUGUAGGGGUACAUCACAUGAGUGUGUCAGCAGCAUAUAAUAGUCCACUAAUAUAAUUCAUACCACAUUAAUAUUUAUUUAUAAAAUAUUUUACCAGGAAGGAUACAUUGAGAUUUCUCUUGUUUUCAUGUAUGUACUGGGUCCACAAAACAUUGCAUUGAUACAAUAGGGUACAAUAAAUUACAAAAACAAUAUUAGUACACAACAUAUACAAAAUGUAACAUAGAACAGGUAGGAAAUAUAUAUUCAACCAUGACACGUGCAUUCUGUUUUAGGUAUGUAGAGAGGCAUCUCUUAAAGGACUUUGGGCCUGGGGAAGAUUUGAAAGUGUGUGGGAGGUCAUUCCAUAAUUGCGGUGCUCUGUAGGAAAAGGAGAAUCGAGCUGCUUUAUUUUUGUAUUGAGGUAGACUAAAUAAAGUGCUGUUACUGGAUCGGAGGUUAUAGGAGGUGGGAGUUUUUAAAUAUUUUACAAUUUUAUACAAUUUUUUUGAGCGCUUCAAAACCAAUCAACAUUUUUAGUCUUAAUCUGUGCUACAUGACCUAGAACAUAAAAUAUGUUGUAGUUCAGAAUCUCUCUUUAAAGCAGGGGUUACAUGAGAGCUAGGCCUUCCGUAAUCCCUUCUCUCAUCGGAGUGUUGUUUGCUUACCCCUUAAGGACACAUGACAUGUGUGACAUGUCAUGAUUCCAUUUUAUUCCAGAAGUUUGGUCCUUAAGGGGUUAAUGAAGUCUGAUGACUUCAUCAGACUUCAUUAACCCCCGGUCCACUAGAGGGAAAUUUAAAAAGGAAAACAUAGCUUGAUGAUCAGCUCUGAGUGUGAGACCUCAUUAAUUGCAACACUCAUAGUUGUGGGGCAUAUGACUGCUGCCCCAGUGAAUAGCGAGCCUUGGUAUGACCAUUUGAACCUUGGUGCGACCAUUUGAACCUUGGUACGACCAUUUGAACCUUGGUAUGACCAUUUGAGCCUUGGUAUAACCAUUUGAGCCUUGGUACGACCAUUUGAGCCUUGGUACGACCAUUUGAGCCUUGGUACGACCAUUUGAGCCUUGGUACGACUAUACCAUUUGCACCACUGGUAGUUCCGCCCUUCACCCUUUUACUAGGGUGUGAAGCUAGUGUAUCAAGAUGGAGGCAUACAGUGUUUUCCUCUCAAUAUUUUUGUACAGUUUCGUGCAAGGGUAAUAUUUUAAAUAAAAACACCUUUAUUGUUAGAAUAUUCGUAUGCUGAUAUAGAAGACAGAGUAAUUCAUAAAAUGAAAAUAAAGUAAAUUCAAAGUGAAUUGCAAAUUUAAGCAGAAGCAUAGCUGACUUAGAGAGUUUUUCCUUUUCAGCUAUUUUGGGCUUUAGUUUUAAAUUCACUUUGAAUUAAUUUUGAAUAGUAAAUAACCAUGAGACGGUAUGAUGCAUGCAAUGCAGUGAAAUGAAUAUAUUGUAUAGUAUUAUAAUGCAGUUUAAAUUAUAUAUAUUUUUUAAAGUCUUAACAAGCCAAAUAGACAUCAUGACUUUUUGCGGAUGAUGUCUUCUUUUAUGUAUCAGAUGCUAAAAAAAAAAUACAUCCCAAUUCUCCAGAUCAAGCUGAAUAGGCAUCAUGGUUGUUCAUCCCCAUUAAAGUUUAUCGCGUCAGUUGGUCUACAAUCUCAGCUUUGUACCUUGGACCACAUUUCACACAACUUCCCCUUGGUUGUAGUACCACACAGUUUUCCAACUCUCACAUAAAUAUCUUGGUGUCCUCACUUACCACUCUAAUGAUUUACCUUAUCGCCAUUCAAAUGACGGUUUGACUACACCUUUCUCUCACAAUAUCAGGAAGGGCAUGCCUUUUAAAAUACAUAAUGUUCCCCAAACUAACAUACCCAUUACCAAUCCUUCCAUUACUACUUUUGAAAUAGUAUGUGCCAGGGAUAUGCUCUCUAUUUAUCACCUUCUCUUAGCAUAGGAAAACAAUGAGGGUGACUCUGUCACAGUUGCAGCAAGUUACAUUUAUUCUGGAGCUUAAAAUCUAUCACAUAUUUGAAUAUAACUUGGCGGCUAGAUAUCGCCAUGCCUUUGAUAUGGUAUUUGGAACACGAUACCUUCUGCAGUUGCUUAAUGAAACAAGUUACUUCUUUCAGUUUCUUGCAGUUUCCUGAGGAUGUUACUUACUUUUACAUUUUGGAAACUUACAAGAAUCCAAUUUUAAAAUAGCUAGAAAUAUUCCAGAUUCCUCACAUUCCUCUCUAACCCUUAUUUCUACCAUCUGUUGUCUGCCCAAUUUUUAAAACUGGUAUAAGAGUUCCUUUUCCAGCAUUGAUAAUUGUUUAGACUCUGAUCACCAUAAAAUCUUAACUCAGCCACAAAUACAGGGCAAGUUCCCUUGCAUUUCCUAUUGUUUUUAUUUAAAUUUUUUUAGAACUAUAUCCAUACAGUUGUACAUCACCUACAGGACAAUGACUGGACUCACUCACUAAACUCUUUUAUUUGGAACUCUUCUUGACCUUGCUACCUCACAAAGCUGGUCCUUGCAGCCCUCAUGGGUGUCAGGAAUGAAGAUUCCCUAACACACAAACCCAAAGGAAACAAAGGAACACAAACCGGUACUUACAGUGGCCGGGCUAGUUCCUAAGACAGAUAAAUGAAAUAUCUGCAAGCAGACAGAGAGUAAACAGAAUAAUUGUCAAAGAAGCCGCAGUCAUGAACAGUAAAUCUAAUACACAGUAGAAAAACACAUGAAGCCCGGGUAACAAGAACCAAGACAGGGCAAGGAAACAAGGACAAUCAGAUAGUGUGUAUAUAUACCUUCUGGGUUGUGAUUGGUUACAGAGGGCUGUGUGAUCACAAGUGUGUACACAUCAUCAAAAAGCUUCACUUAGACUGAUAAUAUAAAAGAGGACCAAUAGAAGCAUUCCAUUUCAUCAAUUUUGUCAAAAUGAGGCAUUCCAUUUCAUCAAUUUUGUCAAAAUGAGGCUAGGGAUGAGUGGGGAAUGUCUGAUGUGCAUCGGAACACAGAGAGUCAGUUACAUGAUCGUACAGCACCGCGAGGAACAGGUAUCAUGAUAACAGGAUCUUUCCUAACCUUUAAGUAGAAUUCACCUCCACUACACAUUCUUACCUUACUUUUAGAAAAAACUAUGCAAGUCUUUUUAAAAUGUGUAUGAUUUAAAAUAUUUAAGAAUAAAUAAAUAAACUGUGUUGUUUCACAAAAAUGUGUGUUCUCCUUUUUGGGAUACUCUGCAGUUGUGAAGUACAGUUUUUAAUAUAUAACUUUUAUCUAGGGUAGGUUAUGCCAGUCUAGUUUAGCGAUCGUUGUUCUGUGUCUUAAAUUUCUUCUCUUUCUUUCCAGACUACGCUGGUAAUGCAGACAUGAUACAACCAGAACUGGCAACCUUACAGCCUAAUUUGGAUGAUUUCAUGGAUAUAUCAGGUGACCCAAGGACCAGGGGUUCAAUCGUUUGUUGUUGUUUCUUUGUUUGUUUUGCUUGUUUUUGUCAAAACACAUGACAAGUGAGCGAAUGACAAAUAUAGAUUGUAACAUGAUUUCUUUAUAUUUUUAUUUUUAUUUAUUUUGUGCAUAUAGAUUUAGAUUGGAGGACGUUAGUGUCCAAUAUAAUUAUAGGUAUCCGUGGGCUCAUUCGUACUGGACUGGGAAUCACAAUAUAUUAUGCAGAUUGAUAUACCGCAUUAAAAGGGACACUAUAUGAAUGAUGUAUUUUAAAUAAUGUAGUAGCUUUACUGCUUUCUUUCUCUUAAAAUGUUACUCCAAUCCUUGUUUACAAAAAAGAAAGAACAGGUGGAAGCUAAAUACAAUAUGAAGAGUAUCUAGGACAGACACUAGGCGAUAACCCUUGUAGAAAAUUGUAAAUGGGAAAACAAACAAACGUGAUCUAUCCUAAUGGUACCACUUAUGUAGACAAAAUUGUUAAAAUAUAACAUUUAAUAUGUUAAAUUAAAAUUGGAGUGACCAAAAGAUACGGGAACACAGGGUGGAAAAAAACACAUAAAAUUAGUAAAGAAUUCGCUGUGUGCAAUUGCUUUAUAGAUAAAGGAAUCUGAGUGGUAAAGCCACUAGAAUAUAGGUAGAAAUAUAUACAGCUAGGUUGCCAUAUCGAAGAUAUGUUAUAACGAAAAAUAAUAACAAUUUAAACCAGGUCCCAGAGUAGGAAGUGCAACAAAGAAAACAGGGUAGCAAACGGCAACAAAAAUCAGUGCAGCUACCACUUAUCUCGUUUACAGCAAGUGAAAAAAAUGGUACUAGGUGAACCUGUUAAAUUCUAUGUCAAAAAUUUUUUGAGUCCAUUAAGUUUCAACCUUUAAAACACAUCUUGUUAUAUUGUUAUAUUAUUAGUAUACUGUUUGAAGAGACGGACAAUUUUGCCACAAAAAUUGGGGUGGGGAGGGAUCCUUCUUCACUCCAUAAUAGCAAUCAGAAAUGUCCUUGGAUCAACAACCUGUUGACAUACAUAUUAAUUAUAUCCUUAAAUAUUAUUAUUUUUUUUCCAAAAACAUCCAGGCCUUUUUUUUUUUAAUUUGUGUUUUGUUUGUAUUUGCACACAAACUAGACAACAUGACCAUUAUAUGGUUAAGAGAAAUUGAAAGUAUCAACUAGUACUGAACAUGGGUAUUGGAGGAUUCAGUGUAGUGGCUAUCCUCGUCCGAGGAUUGGGAGGUGUAAGCCUCCGGCGCCAUCUUGGAAUUUGCCGGCCGCGUGGCUGCGCGGAGAAAAGCCCUGAUAUCUCCAGAUCCUGUGCUCGGAUCUGCCCGCUGUUUUUUGGUUUUCUUCCCCAUGAUACAGGGAGUCCAUGCUCUGUCUUUGGUGCGCCGGUGAGCCAGUGUUUAUCAUCUCUGGGCCGCGUUUUUCGUCUCGCUCCACGGAGCAGCAGUGCUGUGCGACUAUCCUGCUCGGGUGCUGGCUCCGCCCCCCUGUUUUGUUUUUUUUUAUGUAUAAUUUUUAUUGAAAAACCUGUUUACACAGUACAAUGUCCAGCAUGUAGAGUGGAAUGUUGCAAGUGAUGCACAACAUUACACCUACUAUGACACCUUUAAAAAUAGACAAAAGAAUCUAGACAGAUCAUAUUAUAUAACAAAAUAUAAAGGAAGGAAAAUAAGAAAAGAAAGGAAAUUGGGUGGGGCAGAGGGGUCAGGUAAGGAGGAAGUACAUGUGCUUCCUGAAGUAGAUGCCAUUAGAGUCGAGGUAGUGGGAAAACGGUAUCCCAAUCAGCACAUAUCUUGAAAGAUCUGGUUGUGCUUCCUCAAAUCAUACGGGAAAUCCUCUUCAUAGUUACAGGCGGAGCAAAGUGAAUUAAGCACAAAUUGAGUGGGAGGGUGAUUAGUAGACUUGCAAUGGCUAGCAAUCACGUGUUUUUGCAGCAACCGAUACAUGAAGGACCAAAUGUUUUGUAGGACCCUGUGUAUUGUGCAGGAGUUUAUCUGGCAGGAAACAUUGUGGAGAUCUUAGGGUGUGCACCUUGGAGAGUUUUGAAAAAGUGGUCCUCCAUAAAGGGCAAAAAGGAGUAAAGAUAAGGGCAGUCCUAAAAUACAUAAAGAAUGGUGCCUCAUUGAGAGCCACAUCUCCAAGUUGUCAAAGAAUCCUGGGGAAAGGUGAAACCACAUUAAUUUAAUUUGCUUCUUUUGUAUUUGUUUCCCAAUGUUAUAUAUUGGGAAAUUUACUUUGUAGAAUUUGUUUAAAAGCUUUUCAUUUAUCCUCUGUGCUUUUGCCAAUCAAUAAUUUUGGCCAGUCAAUUUGUUGUAAAGAUGGCCUCAUCCUACUGUAAUUAGACUUUUUAAAAUGAAGCAUUUUUGUAAAGGUAUCAGUUGCUAUUCCCUAUCAGUAAUAAUGUUUGGGGUUUGUAACAUAUCCAUACUACUAAUAAAUGUCCUGUUUUCUAGUAUGCAAAUUUCUACACUUAAGACUUUAAUAUCAUCACAUACAUUUUUUUUGGCUCUUGGUAUCAAUUCGGGUUUGAUUUAUAAACAAUACCCCUCACACUUGUUUUUGGAUCCUAUCUAAAUAAUGCAUGUCUGUUUCAAUUAACAGCCAAAAUCAAGUUCGGUAUGUCAUCCCACCAAUUCUCAGUAAUACCAGUUAUUAGACAUGUGCACCAGUGAAAUUUUCAUUUUGUACGAAUGAAUUCGUACUAAAUAAAAAUUGAAUUUGUCCAUUCCGAAUUUCAUCCGUAAAUCAUUUGUUUUUGGACGAACUUCGGUAAAAACAAUUUGUUUUCUUCCAUUACGACGAAAAUACCACUGCGCAGGCAAAAAAAAAAGCAAGGAGGGAGCUGGCAGUGCUACCAGCUCCCUACUUGUAAUAAUUAAUAUCAAUCCCUACCCCCCCAGCAUUAAAACCCAUGAGGUUACAUACUCCCGCAUGCCGCGAGUAGGCCAGUGGCUGCUCGCUGUUAAAACUACUAGUGAAUGGGCAGCUAUUGUUGCCCAGUCACUAGUGCCAUUCCCCCAUGGUGGGGAACCCAAAUAACAAAAAUGAGGGGAACAUAAUGCCCCGCGCACCCUAUUAGUAUAAAUGGGGGGACCUAGUGUCCCCCCCCAGGUCCCCAUCCAUGACUGGCAGGUGGGGACCUUAAUUAAAUAAUGGGUGGAACUAAUGACCCCCCCAGGUCCCCACCCAUGACUAGCGGGUGGGGACCUUAAUUAAAUAAAAGGGGGGUCUAAUGUGGAGUAGGUAGGGUUUAAUUUUUUGGGGGAAGGGGGUGACUAGGGGUUUGGGGAGCCACUGGCUGCUCGCUGUUUAGGCGACAUGCCCCUACUCACAGCAUGCUGCAAGUAGGGGCAUGCGGGAGGAUUAAACCUCCCUUUUAUUAAUAUCACAAGGGCAGCAAUGUAUGCUCGUUGGAUCCCAGAUAAGUUGUCAAACUGUUCUCAAGCGGUUUGACUACUUAGCCUAGGAGGGCAACAGGGCACUCCUGGCACCAUAACUGCUACAGCUUGGAGUGUUCCUUUACUACAUAUUCUCCAAAUACUUUUUAUGGUAUCCCUGAAUAAUUGAGAGAAAGAAGAACAAGCUUUCAGCAGCAAGAGACUUGCAAACACAAUAUAUCGGAGUUCAGUUCUUACAAAACUCAAAACUCAAGUUGGAGCUCAGCACAAACAAGAUGACCUCACCACUACAUUAGAAGUGAACGCCAUGAACACAGGUCACAUGAUGCUGGCCACGGGAGACCUUUACUACUGAUUCUUGGACAAAAAAGACACAGAGCCUGCUAUAAAAUAAUAAUUAGGCUGUUAUUUUUUAAUAGAGGAAUACAAAUAUUGUUAGAUAUGGUUGUACUUUAGACAUAGAUAACAGUGGAUUUCCCGGUUCUCUCUAACUAAAUCCAACAAAUGGAAAGAUACCCGCACCUUUUGAUCUAUGGCUAAAACCAAGUAUUGAGCCCCAAGCAUUACAUAUAUCGUUUGUUUUGUUUUUAUUGUCCCAGCGGUCUGUACUAUCUCUUCAGUUCCAACCAUGGACAGUACUGCAUUUUAUUUCACCUAUCUGCCCAAUCUGUUCUAUGUAAAUAACCCUCACACUUCCUUCUCCGCUGAAUGGCUUGUGAAAGUGUUUAUUUUUAUUUCAUUCAAUCUGGAUAAACCACAAAAGACUGACAGGAAGAGGAAACCAGAAGCACGAGUGCAUAAUGUGAGGGAGAGAGUGGGAGGAGAGGAACCGCUGGCGUCCCUGCCCAGACCUCACAGUCAGCAUGUCCCCCACCCUCCGCCUCCUCUUCUGCAUUGUAAAUAAAGAGCGGGUCAUUUUAGGAAACAGCAACUGAAAGGCGAGGCUGAUGCAAUCUUGGACAAUUUUGCAUUACCUCGAUUUUUCAUAUUAUUUCAUACAGAUUCCAUACAGGCCUUUUCAGAGUUCAUUAUUGUGGACAGCAAAUACCGUCAUCCUCAUUCAUGCAGUGGAUUGGAAAAGUAGUGCUUUUUGAUAAAGUGAAAAACUAGGAGGGUUAUUCACUAAAGGGAGAAUUCAACAUGAAUUUAAAAUUUAAGGCAAAUGUAGCUGAAAUGGAAAAGUCACUUUUUGAAUUCUCCCUUUAGUGAAGAACCCUGUUAAUAAUUGAUUGUGCUUCAAGUUGACCUUUAUUGUGUACGAUGCAUUGGACAUGUAACCUUUUUAGCAAUGAAAUUCCGCAUAAGUUAGUCAUAAAUGAUUUGGGGGAAAACAUAGGUUUAUUUUGUGUUCAGUGAUACUUACAAUUUCUAUAUUUUAUUUAUUUAAAAUUCUUUAUUUUUUUCACAGUCAACAAGAUAUACAUAUUGCGUAUAAUACAUUCAAUGAAGCAUAUCACUGCUUUUAAUCUUCUGCAUACAUUGGUGAGAUAGCGAUGUUGGCUGAGUGGUUGUAAGUGGUUCCUAGCGCGGAGCUGGGGGGGUAAGGUGUUCGUUAAAGAGCUAGUGUUUCCGAGUUUCGGCUUGUUUAGGUCUGGGAGGUGGUGGAGAUGGGUACGGCCCACUGCUGCUGAUGCAUGGAUGUGGUAUGUUGCGCGGUGUCUAAGAGGUGUAUAAAACACAAACAAAAACAGAGGGGGGUACAAUACGAACGGUAUAACUUAUGCUGCGUCUACAGUUUCUCAGCGUGAGGCUGGCCCUAUGGGGUGCCUGUGCCUCAUAAUACGAAAAAAACAAGAGUUUAAGUAACAAUAUAUAAAAGAAACUAUAUAAAAGAAAAUAUAUAAUUUCCAGAGUCAAGUAGUUGCACGGCUGGGUAUGUUCCAAUUUGCAGGGAUGAACGGGGCAGAGUUGGCCGGGUCCCAUGUUGUCGGUGCCAGCGUUGCUGCGUGGUUCAGGCCCAGAGUGGUCAGGGUUGCCUCUAUCUGCGAUGCCUCCACUACCUUGAUCUCCGUGUUUUGGUGUUGGAUAAUUAGCAUGUGUGUUGGGCCCCAUCGGUACUUGAUUCCUUUCGUUGAUAGUAUGGAUGUGAGGGGUCUUAGCGUCUUCCGCCACUGAAGUGUCGGGAGGGAGGGAUCUGAUUAGAAGGUAAUGUCCAUUUCCUCAAAGCGGAAUGGGGGUUUCCCCCUCACUGCUUUCAAGAUGGCUGCCUUAUCUUGGCCGUUUUGGAAUUUGACCAGUAGGUCGCUGGUGUUUGAGGCCGCAACUGCAGGAGGCUUGGGGAGCCAAAACAUCCCCUCUAGUGUGAUACCUUUCGCUUGUUUGGGUGAUAACAGGGCUGUGAAGAGCCUACGCAGGCAGUGAGGCAGUUCUGCUUGUGUGAUAUUGUCCAUGAGGCCCCUGAUCUUCAGGUGUUUCCACCUUCUCUUGUCCUCCAUUGCUGCUAAUUGGUGACUCAGAGUGGUGUGAGCUGCAGUGAGAGUGGCAAUCUGCAGCUCUAGGAUGUGGGCUGCAUGCGUUGUGGUUGUCUGCUCAAUUGUGUUUAGGCGCCCGUUAAACCCCUUGAGGUCUUCUCUCACCUGGGAGAUUUCUGAGGAGAGGCUGUGGCGGAGGUCCGCCAGGAGGCCGGUAAGUAUCCCUGUGGUGAGCGGUUCUGACCCUUUGGUUGCUGGCUGGGCAGAUGUUGGAGGGUUGAUUCCCCGCUCUUCUAUAUUGUGGAGGGAAUAGUCAGCCGAGUCAUCGAGAAAUCUUCCAUGUCCGCCGCCAUGUCAGUUCUCCCCGCACCAUGCGGCCCCCUCAGGAGGUCGCCGAUAUCGGCACAGAAUCUUGGUCGAUCCGGACGGGGUUUUUUAGUUUUUCUCCCCAUCGUAAGGAGAGCUGUCCGAAGCUUGUUGGGGGGUGUUAUACCCCUGUGUUCGGCAGGAUUCAGGCGUUUUUCGUGCCCGUUUUGAUGGAGCUCAAGAAGAGAGCGACCGUUGCCGUCGGGUGCUAGCUCCGCCCCCUCUAUAUUUUAUUUUAAGUAGUCUUUAGUACAUUCCAGCCUCACAACAGGCCUACUGGUGAUGAUAAUGUAACAUGUCUGGUAGUAUGGUGUAACUGCACACCGCGCCUUUUAAUGGCAAUUAAUGUAGAAUAGUAUUUCGUACCCACACAGCAGGCGAGGCUGCUUUAAAUUUUACGUCUUGUAUAAUUAUGCUUCAGUCAUCUGAAGAAAAUUGAGGGGAAAAGUAAUUUGUGGUACCAGGCAAGACCGCAGCAUAACAAUUUCUUGCACUUUAUACUGUUGUGUUGUCUGCACACCUUGACUUGCAUUGAGGUUUAAAGUACUUUUUUUUUAAAUGUGCUGUGUGUACCAAAGGGGGUUUGCUGCUGAGAUUCAUGGUACGGCUUGUUUUAUUGUGCAGUAUCUGAUGAUCAGUGUUAAUGUAUUGGUUAGUGCAGUGGCAUCCAGCCAUGUUAGACGGGUGUAUCAUACUGUUUGGUGUUAUGUGCUGUUGCCACAUGUUUGUCGUUUGCUGAGAGUUAAUGUAGUUUGUGUUGCUGUGUGGUCCAUCAGGCCUGGCGGUGUGUGCAAAGCUGUCCUGCGAUCUGUGUGUAGUUCAAACGUGCAUCAGUUCUUUGAAACAGGGAGAUGAAAGUGCUUUUGUGCUAUUACCCCAUGCAGCAGCUUAACAAAGUAAAAUAGCAAGUGGAAAUGAAUAAAGCCAAGGGCUGCAUUUCUGUUACAAAGCAAAAUAUACAGUUUUACAGGAAUCUAAGUGUUUUGCAUUCUCCUAAUCAGUGGAUAUGUUUAGAAACAUUUGAAAAGUUGAAACUUGGAAGAAAGUCUGUGUGUCUGACAAAACUAGAAAUAGGACAGUAUUUGGAAUCUUUUAAUGAAAAAAAAAUAUAUAUAUGUAUAGUGGAAAGUGCGGCAAUACAGAUGUAGUCAUAGCCAGGGCAUUAUCCAAGGUCUUGUUGAAGGUUUUACCAGGGCCCUCUUUCCCCAUUGGCAUGCAGGCUGUUGCUCGGGGGCCCCACAAGCAUUGGGGCCCCACCGGUAUGCCCAUUUGCACGGCCGACAGGGGAGAUCCUGUGAUCUGUCCUACCGGCCCAGAGAGAGACGGCCCUGUUUUCUCCCAGUGGGCCCUCUCGGGCCGGUGGAGAAAUCAAAGAUCUUACUUAUCAACCCAAAGGUCCUGCGUUAGAGGAGAGAGGGCAGGAGAAGCCGGAGGAAUGGGGAGGGACCUGGGAGGAAGUGCGCACAGCAUUCUGCACGUGGGAGAACAGGAGACAGCUGUCAGCCAGAGAAGCUGCAGGCUCUACAGAACUCGCCACCGGACCACCAGGGCUGGCUGUUUUAAGUUUAGCUAUUUAAAUAGUCUUUUACUGGUUUCAUGCAUUGUGGUGACCCAGCGCCUGUAAGGUGUGAUAUUUUAUUUAUCAAUAUUGGUGUAAUAUUGGAUUAUGGAAAGAAUAAACCCAUAGCACACCUCAAACGUAUUGCACCAAACAGAUUUUAUUAACAUAAUGCAUAUACAGCCAAAUGUAAGAAAUAAAGUGCAAACAUGCAAGAAAAUCACAUAAUACAUAACCACAUAAAGUGUAAUGAAAGCAAAUAAAGUUCUCAAUGCCUUAUCCCUAAAAUGCAAACCGGUAUACUGACCAGAGCUGGAGACCACAGCACCCCAACGUUUCGACUGAAAGUCUUCCUCGGGGGGAAUUUAAAUUAACUAAGACCAUACAUUUGAGGUGUGCUAUGGAUUUAUUCUUUCCAUGGUAUUUGUUAACCUGCUAGGGACACAGGUCUCCACUCAUUUAGCACCUGCACCUUCACUACCACACUAUUCAUCAAUUAAACCUUAACAGUCUAGCACUUUCUAUAUUGUUUUUGUAACUGAGAAUUAUGACUGAGAAUUAGGGUUCAUCAUAUGACAUUUUGGACCAGAUUAUUCCCUUCGUAUCUAACUGUUCUACAAAGUAUUUUAAGAAAUACACCAUGAGAGUUAUUCAUAAAGAGUAAAGUUCUAAAAGUGGAAUGAUUACAAAUGAAAUCAAUAAAAUGGUCCUCCUGAGCCUAUUUAUUCAUUUUAAGAUCUUUGUAGCAGAAGUGUGCUUUAUUAAUAAACCAUUUAUACUUUGUAAUGUGCAUGUCCGUACAGACAGCCUAGCUGGAGUUGAAAACAUUGUGUCCAAUGAGUGUGUAAAGUUAGGCAAAAACUCAUAUCCCACUGACCUAAACAAGCAUAUAAUAUGUCCUAAUGGUUUUUAAGGACAAACUCAGCUAGUACAUAGGAAAUAGUUUAGUAAGAAAUAAUAUUAACUUGAGUUUUCUAAACGUUUGUUUUUUUACAUAAAGACAAGUUAAGCCUUAUGCAUAUUUUCUAAAUUCUAAAUUCCAUCCAAGAUUUUAAUGUGCGUAUUGCCCUGCUACAGUCUGUAAUGAAUACUGCCGCCAGACUGAUUUUCCUCUCUAGUCGGUCCUCUCACACCUCACUGCUCUGUCAGUCCUUAGAUUGGCUUCCUGUAUCAUAUAGGAGUCAAUUCAAAGUGCUAACCCAUACCUAUAAAGCACUAAACAAUUCUAGCCCCUCUUAUCUCUUUACAGAUCCAUAGGUAUGCCCCUUCUUGGUCUCUCCGCCCUGCCCGUGACCUUCUCCUGUCCGCUACUUGCACCUAUACAACCAACUCACGCUUGCAGGACUUCUUGUGGGCGGCUCCCUUCGUAUGGAAUAGUCUGCCUACCGCCAUCAGACUCUAUCUUGGUCUUCAAUUGUUUAAGAAGUGCCUUAAAACCCAUCUCUUUAGGAAUGCUUAUGGCCUCCCAGAGUAACCUCUACCUCACAUACCUGUCUCUUGCUCUCUCCUAAGGGGCAGCACUUUACUCUCUCCUCCAGGUCUGCUUCAUUCCCACCUCAUUUGAUUGCUAUUUCCUGUCCUAACGUGUUUUAUACCCCACCUCCUAUAGACUGUAAGCUUGUUUGAACAGGGUCCUCUUCAACCUCUCGUUCCUGUAAGUUUUCUUGUAAUUGUCCUAUUCGUAGUUAAAUUCCCCCUCUUAUAAAAUUGUAAAGCGCUACGGAAUCUGUUUGCGCUAUAUGAAUGGCAAUAAUAAUAAUUAUCGCAAUAAUAAUAGGGAUGUAUACCGACUACCAUAAACCCACCCAGAAUCCAUUGCAGUAGUAACAGACAUUUAUGUGGGAAAAUCAAGUCUUAUGACUUGUUUGGUGUAUAUAGAUCUGUUUUAAUAAUGUAUUUACUAUCCACUGACUUCAGGUGGAAAGGAUUUUAUUAAGACACGGUUGCUCCUAUUAUAUUGGUUUAUUGUAGAUUCUACCCUUCAAACUCUACACCAUCCGGUGGCAAAAUUAGCCAAUAUCAAGGAGGAUAUAGGCGAACACUAGCAACGUCUCAACUCCCUUUCAAACAAUUGUCAAGAAUGACAGUCCUUCUAGCGGCAUCUAUACAGGCCAUUUUUCGAGGUCCUCUUGGCUAUCGAGCCCUACAACGAUUACAAGCUUCAUCUCAAGGGCAGCACACCAUACACGGAUAUGGUAACUCUGGACUCAGAAGCGAAGGAUGAACCCCAAUGGUGGUUUCUUCACAUGAAAGCUUGGAAUGAACGCGCCAUAUUCUGUACAGCUCCAAAUUUGAUCAUCGAAUCCGACGCAAGCUUGCACGGUUGGGGAGCUCAAUGUGGAAAUAUUUCCACCAGGGGCAGAUGAUCAGAUCUGGAAUCGACACUCUACAUCAAUUGUUUGGAACUUCUGGCCGGUUCUUUUGCAGUCUGCAGUUUGUCCGCAACUCAAGCCCAAUCAAUCCUACCCUUCUGAAGAUGGACAAUGCAUCAGCUGUCUACUACAUCAAUCACCUGGAGGCACAAAAUACAAAAUUCUGACCUACAUGGCUUGCGAUUUCUGGCAAAGUUGCCUGAUGCACGGCAUUUCAGUCACGGCGGAAUACAUUCAGGGUCUCUCCGACACUACAGCGGACUGGUAUUCAUGCCACCUCAGGGACUGGUACUUGGAUUCCAUGGUCUUCCAAGACAUCUGGAACAAAUGGGGUCUAUUGGAAAUAGACCUUUUCGCUUCUUGUUUAAAUGCUCACCUUCACCAUUUUUUUUAGUUGGAGACCAGAUCCGACAGCACUGGCUACGAAUGCUUUCUCCAAGAUUGGUCUUCUUCAAGGAAUUACACUUUUCUGCCCUUUGCACUGAUUCCUUGUUGCCUUUUCCAUGCUAAUGUUUGCCUAUCUCCUACUUGAUAUUGGCAAAUUUUGCCACCGGAAGGUGUAGAGUUGGAAGGGUAGAAUCUACAAUAAUCCAAUAUAAUACUCGCCUCCGUGUCAUAAAUAAAAUUAUGACUUUGCGUCAUGUUAAUAGUAAAAUCUGUGGAUUUUUUUUUCCCCCACCAUAACUCUGCUGGUUUAUACCGUGUGUGUGUGUUUGUGUGUGUGUGUAUGUAUGUAUGUGUGUGUGUAUGUAUGUGUAUGUGUAUGUAUAUGUAUAUAAGCAGCUCCAAUUAUUAUAUUAUUGUUUAGAUUAGUGUUUCCAUCUUUCCAUUUAAUUACAACUAUUAAGAUGAUGGGAUAACUGCUGUUGGCUCCUGGGUACUUACACAUCGUAUUAGAGACAGCGUAAAUAGAAAUGAGGAACCACCUGCAACGAGGCAGACAGAUUGAGAGGGUGAAUGUAAGUGCAACGCUGAACAAGAGAGAGCAAAAGGAGGAGGGAGAUCGAGAGAGAAAGUCAUAGAAAUAGAGUCAAGACGAGAAAGAGGAAAGAAACAGGAGAGUAGGGGUAAUGGCUGGAUCACAGUUAUGGCCCCUGGAUGUAUUUGCUGGAGCCACAGGUAUGCGAAUUGUCACUUUUUUCCUCAUAUGAGACCGGGGUGAAAGCUAAUUUAGAUAUUAUCUCACUGGUGUAAGAAGCAACGCACGACUUGAGCUUUUGGGUGAAUUUGCACCGGUGCGCAAGCACAACAAUUAUGGUUAUUCUUAUUGACAUACAGAAAGCAUUAAAUAUAUGAACAGCGUUGUAUACUUGUGUAUACAACCAGUCUGAUUUGUUUUCUGUUUCACUGCGUUGCACAGAGUGCGUGAGGAAUUAUUUUCAGUAUUUGGUGAAUAGAGAUAAUUGUGACGUUUUACUGAAGCAGAUUUACUAAUCAGUGAAAAUUUCCAGGCGUAGAACUCCGUUAUUAUCCUUAGUGAAUUCUCAGUUUAUUCCAUGAAUGUAUUCCAGUGUGCGUCUUAAUUGAUGUUUAAGCAUCUCCUUUUAUUGGAAUGUGAAGCAAACCAUGUCAUCUGUAUGGAUUUUUAUUCUGAAAAGGUUCUGAACUCACUUUAUGGUUUCUCUGCUCUGCAUAGAUACAUAUAUAGCCCCUAAAAAUCAUGUCAUAUAGGUAAAUUAGAACAAAAAGAAAAUGAAUGUCCAGUGUUUCAACAAUCUAUUGUUACUAGAAUGAUUCCACAGCUGGGGGUUAAAGGGCAAAUGUAUUGCUUAUGUUUGCAAGCAGUUAGAAACUAAACUAAAUGAGGAUAAAUAGAUAAAUUUGGUCUCGUUAGUAGAAAAUCAAAGGGUAUCAAACUAUGCAGAUGCCCUUGCAAAUAAUGAAUGUUUAUCUUAUCAUAAAAAACCUUUUCUACAAAGACUAUGUGUAUAUAUUUUUUCAGCACAUUUGCAAGCAUUCAUUAAAUUGUGUCCUGUUUUUCUUAGUUUUUCUUUUUAAUUAUGUUUUUUUUAUUGAGGGAGUUUAUUAACUAAACAGUCAGCAUGGCUCUUUAGCCCCAAACGUAAAAAAGCCAGUUUUUAAUCCACUUGUUUAGAGAAUAAUUUACUUUUCUCAAGCCCUAAAUGUAAUGCUAAGUUCACAGAUUGCUGGAGUAAGACGUUGUAUUUGCAUUAGUAAUUGUUUCCAUUUUGUUGCCUGUCCUACUUUGUUUGCUCUCAACCAGCCUCCCGGAGGCUGUCUGAGGGUCUUGGGAGUUGCAGUACACUGCAGUUAGUUAUAAAGAUAAUUGUGAAGUUUUAUAGAAGUUUUAAUGGAUCUACUAAUCAGUGAACAUUUCGAGGCAUAGAACUUAGUUAUUAUCCUUAGUGAAUUCUCAUGAAUGCAAUCCAGUACACGUCUUAAAUACUGUUUAAGCAUAUCCCUUAUUGGAAUGUCAAGCAAAACGUGUAAUUUUAUUUUUAAAAUUUAUUUUUGCAGUUCUUAGAUUAGUAGACAUGUUUGUAAAGACAUAACAAUUAUGGUUAACGUUACAAGACAAUUUGCAGAUGCACAACAUGUCGAGAGAUGUGCACUUUUUGUUUGUCAAUAUCAGAGUAACACAUUCACGUCUAAAUGCUAUAUAAAGUAGAAUUGCAAGAAUAUAUUUAAUAAAGACCUGAAUAUUAAAAGUAGCUGCAUAAUAAAACACGCACGAACUGUGGCAUAUAGCUAAGUGCCUAUGAACCAGUAGUUAAAACGAAUGGCAGCUGUAGCUCAUUGAGGUUAUUUUUGGGAUGACCACCACCACAUCAUAUGUAAGCAAAGACUAGUACCUAGGUCUUAAUUCCUGACAUGCUCUGCAGGCUAAAACAUUAAAUGAAAGUAAAGUAAACUCUUUUGCUUUAAAAAGAAAAGGAAAAGACACAGUCUGUUAUGUUAGCGCAGGAAAGUCCAGGAGAUGGGGGCAGUUGUGCCAACAUGGUGAUCAGGUUUAGCCUGCGUCUCAGCUUAAGAGGUUUACUGCAGCAGACCAUGGUAACGUCCCUCCUGCAUGAAAGAUGAAAAGGUUAUCAGCCCGGGAGAGUUUUGCCCGAGGGUGUUUUCCAGGUGUGUGGACAAAGUCCCGCCUGAGGCGUCCCUUCAGUGUCCGGCCCAGAUAGUGAGGGACUGAUCAUUCUUUCUCUAGGAGCCGAGUGUUUCCUGGUCGUCGCUGUAUGAUGUGCUCUUGCGUCUAUGGCCUGUGUCCCAAGCUGCAAGGAAGGUUUCUCUCACUGCUUCCUUCAGUGAGGAAUGUGGAUGUGCACUGACCGCUGCCAUUUUGAGGCACUGAAUACCCAGCGCCACCUAAGGACGUUGGAGCCUCCAGGUUGGUGGUAGGUAUCAGGGACUGCAGUGGUGAUGACCCACCAUUGCAGAGGGGGGGAAGCCGAGCUCUCAAUUCAGCCUGCAGGGUCCUACCGGAGAGUUCGACCGCACCUCCCAGCCACUCCAGUAACACUUGGCCACCUCCAGGCAUUAGUUCAGUCUGGAUUAUCAGCACAGGUAUCAUGAUUGAUGGUAUUUAAGCAGAUAAUCUGCAGAGCUCAUGCUCCAUGCGACCACUUGCCAUUGCAGUCAAGCCCCACCCCCCAAAACGUGUAAUUUCUAAGGAUCUUUAUUCUGAAAAGGUUCUGAAUUCACUUUAUGGUUUCUCUACCAUAAAAUAAUGCUCAUAUAGCCUCUGAAAACAUACCAUAUAUCAUAUUCACAAGUAUUGCUAAUAGUUACCUGCACUAUGAUGGUGACACUAAUACACCUGUCCUCUCCCACCAUUUAGUCAGAGCUUAUUUUAAAUACUUUAAGGUAAACAGAGAAAUGUCACUGUACAACCGGCAUCUACAUCCGGCAUAAAACAGUGUUGAAGGCUAAUGCUGACUUAAAACUUUCAUCUCAAGUGAGAAGGUCCGUAGAAACUGUGAAAUAAUUUUAUUUUACUGUAUUUUCUUAUAUGCAUUUUCUUAAAGCUUUUUCAUGUAUACAAAAGAUUAGAAUUGAUACUAUUUUAAUUUUCUGUAAUUAUGUGUUUGUAAAUCUAUAUUUAUUGAACUUUUUUCAAGUUUACAGAAGGUUAUAACUGUUCCGAGGUUAGUGGAUCUAGGCUGGACAUUUGGUAAUAUUCUGCAUAAGAAAAAUAGGUGUACCCAUACAUUCAUGUCAAUAAAUUGACUGCAAAUGAAAGGAAAAUAACAUUGGUCAAAAAUCAUGCAAUUAUUUUUAAGUUGUAUUGUCAGCCUAGCUGGGUUUGGCAUCCUGUUUUAUUAGGCAUAUACCUGUUAACAGGUUAGUAAUAUUAAAGAGUUUAAAAACUAAAUGGAAUGGAUAGGUAAAUAUGGUAAAGCCAUUAUCUGUGUGGAGGGGAAUCCUAAAAACAUAAGAGCUUACUAAUAAGCUGAGAUCAUCCUGCUAAUGAAAUAUGCAUCUCUUGUGCAGAUAGAAGUUGCUGGCAUUUUGGUUCUGGACUGUCGUUACAGGUGGGACCACUUUGAUAAGC